AUGUUCUCCAAGUCGGAGAAGGCACCUCUGCCCUCUUCGUCCCCCGUCAAGUACGGUGGGAUGAACGGUAAUACCCUCCUCUACGCUAUCGUCGCUACUGCCACCUGUGGUUUCAGUCUGUUCGGUUACGACCAGGGUCUCAUGUCUGGUAUCAUCGGUUCCGAGCAGUUCAACAGGGAAUUCCCAGAAACCCGCCAAACCAGCAACGACGAUGUGUACCGUGCCACCCUCCAAGGUACCGUGGUCUCGGUCUACGAGGUUGGAUGCUUCUUCGGCGCCCUCCUCGCGUUCUUUAUUGGUGAGAAGAUGGGUCGGCGCAGGAUGAUGACCACCGGUGGUAUCAUCAUGAUCAUCGGUACCAUCCUCUCGGUCACUGCUUUCGGUCCCGGAGCUCGCGGAGUCAACGGCAACGUCGGCGGUUUCGCACAGUUCAUCAUCUCCCGUAUCAUCACCGGUAUCGGAAAUGGUAUGAACACCGCCACCAUCCCCACCUGGGUCGCCGAGUCGUCCAAGGCGCACAACCGAGGCUUUUUGAUCUGUAUCGAGGCUUCCACGGUCGCUGUCGGUACCGUCAUUGCCUACUGGCUCGUCUUUGGCCUUUCUUACGUCGACACUUCCGUCUCGUGGCGAUUUCCCAUCGCCUUCCAGAUCUUCUUCGCCGUCAUCCUUCUCGCCAUGGUCGCCAUUCUCCCCGAAUCGCCCCGAUGGCUCAUGGCCCACGGUCGCGAGGACGAGGCCAUGCGCGUGCUCGCCGCCCUCUCUGCCGUCUCCGUCGAGGACGAGACUACCGUCUUUGAGAAGAACCGUAUGUCGGACGCUAUCGCUGCCCAGGCCGACAACCGCGCCAACAAGGGCGAGAUCUUCAAGGGUGGAAAGAACCAGCAUCUCCGCCGCGCCCUCGUCGGUGCCUCCACCCAGCUCUUCCAGCAGCUCGGCGGGUGCAACGCCGUCAUCUACUACGCUACUAUCCUCUUUGAGCGCCAGAUCGGUCUCGAGAAGCGUCUCGCUUACAUUCUCGGUGGUGUCUUGUCUCUGGUCUACGCCGCAUUUGCUCUCACCUCCUUCUUCCUCGUUGAGCGUGUGGGCCGGCGCAAGCUUUUCCUUAUCGGUACCGUCGGUCAAGCCGUCGCCAUGUUCAUCACAUUUGGCUGCCUCGUCGAAGGCUCCCGCCAGGCCGCCUACGGUGGUGCUUUCGGUCUCUUCCUCUUCAUCGCCUUCUUCGGUGCCACCUGGCUUCCCCUCCCCUGGCUCUACCCCGCUGAGCUCAACUCGAUGGCGGUCCGGACCCAGGCCAAUGCCGUUUCCACCUGCACGAACUGGCUGUCAAACUUCUUGGUGGUCCAGGUCCUCCCUACCAUGACUGCGUCGAUCAACUCGUACACCUUCCUCAUCUUCGCGCUCGCCAACUGUAUCUUCCUCCCUUUCAUCUACUUCUUCUAUCCGGAGACCACGGGCCGGACCUUGGAGGAACUUGACGUUGUAUUUGCCCAAGCGCACCUCACAAAGCGGAGGCCGACCCUGAUCGCCGCCGAGAUGCCCAAGUUGACCGACCACCAGGUCCAGGUCAUGACGGACAGGUACGACAUCCACGGCGGUGCCAUGGACAACGAGGCCGGCGGAACCUACGGCGACGCCCCCAACUCCGGCGAGCCCGACACCACCCUUCCUCCCGCCCACCCUGAGGUCAUGAGCGGCGAGAAGACCGGCCGUCACAAUGCGCCCGAUGCGACGAGCACCCGGGUCGGAUCGUUUGACGCCGAGAACGCGGUGGCGGGUAAGGGACAGACCGGGGCACCCCAAGUAUAA